AAUUAUGUUGGCAUCCUGCUGAGGGCAGUGUGCUUGUAUCCAGACAAAACCUUACUGGGUCCAGAGUGCAGCCGAAUGCUUGGGUACUAUUACUUACCCUUUCUCAGACAUUUCUAAGCAAGUUUUUUUUUCUUGGCAUGAUAUCUCUAGCAAUACUUGGAAUUUCUGGCCAACAUCAGCCUUGUUGACGACAAGCUGAGAUUCCUCCCUACAGUGGAAUCCUUGGCUUUGCUGUUUGUAACUCUGAUUUUUAGUUCUCAGAUGAGACCAACCCUGCCUAGAAAUCAGGAGGAACGACAGAUCAGUUACAUGGUGGAAAUUAUGUGGGAAAUUUAACUGGAUUAGUUAAUGUAAUAGCUGAAGCAGAAUGCAGUUUCUUUUGUUUUCUGACCUAUUUCUUUAUCUUGGGUUUGUUUGUUUUUCGUUUGUUGUUUGUUUUGGAUUAAAUGAAUGCAGUGCAUUGAAAUCAAAGUAUCAGAACAAUAUAUAGGACAGAUUCUCACUGCAGCAAGAUUUUGAUGACAAUAAAAACUGGAAAAUAACACUGUUACAAAUAAUGUAAAAACUUCCCCUAUGCUCCUCAGGGUGGGAAUGUAUUUUACUGUGUGUUUUGUGGUGUUAUAUUAAGUGAUUAAUAAUAGUAUUGGUCAGAUUUUGGUGAGAGAUCAUUUUAAAUUUUCCUUGAGUUUUCAGAUUAAUUCAAAACAGGGCUCAAAUAGUAAAUGUUUAUCCAGGAAACUGCUAAUCUCAUUCCCUCUCUUCUUGCCUCUCUGUCAUAUUUUAUUUUAAUCAGGCAAACUUCAUCAUUCCUCCCCAUCCAGUUUCCUCUUGUAUGUGAGCCUGGGUUCAAGAGAUCUUGCAUUCCUGUGUUUAGGAAUUUUUACAGGACUUGUACCAGGGUGUGUGUAUGUUUAUACACACACUAAUUUUGAGAAUAACCAUGAAAAAUCAUGGCUUUGUUGGAAGCAUACUGACAGGUAAAGCUGAUCUGUGCAUUCAUUUUUCAGGGUCUUUGUGAACAGAAGUUUAGCAAUGGAAAAGAUAAAGUGCUUUGGUUUUGAUAUGGAUUACACACUUGCUGUGUAUAAGUCCCCUGAAUAUGAAUCUCUUGGAUUUGACCUGACCGUAGAAAGAUUGGUUUCCAUUGGAUACCCUCAGGAGCUGCUCAGUUUUGUCUAUGAUCCUUCAUUCCCUACCAGAGGCCUGGUGUUCGAUACACUUUAUGGAAACCUGUUGAAAGUCGAUGCCUAUGGGAACCUCCUAGUGUGUACACAUGGCUUUAACUUUGUGAGAGGGCCAGAAACUCGGGAGCAGUACCCAAAUAAAUUUAUUCAAAGGGAUGACACAGAGAGGUUUUACAUUCUGAACACGUUGUUCAAUCUACCAGAGACCUACCUGUUGGCUUGCCUAAUAGAUUUCUUUACUAACUGUGACAGGUAUUCUAGCUGUGAAACGGGGUUUAAAGAUGGAGACCUCUUUAUGUCCUUCAGGAGUAUGUUCCAGGAUGUCAGAGAUGCUGUUGACUGGGUUCAUUACCAGGGAACCCUCAAGGAAAAGACACUUGAGAAUCUGGAGAAGUAUGUAGUGAAAGAUGGGAAAAUGCCAUUACUGCUCAGCCGCAUGAAUGAGGUUGGAAAGGUGUUUCUUGCCACAAACAGUGACUAUAAAUACACAGAUAAAAUUAUGACUUAUUUGUUUGAUUUUUCACAUGGACCAAAGCCUGGGAGCUCUCAUCAGCCAUGGCAGUCCUACUUUGAUCUGAUCCUAGUGGAUGCACGAAAGCCCCUCUUUUUUGGAGAAGGCACAGUAUUGCGGCAAGUAGACACUGUUACUGGCAAGUUGAAGAUUGGUACCUACACAGGGCCUCUGCAGCAUGGCAUCGUCUAUUCAGGCGGUUCCUCAGAUACAAUCUGUGACCUGCUGGGGGCUAAGGGCAAAGACAUUUUGUACAUUGGAGACCACAUCUUUGGAGACAUCCUAAAGUCCAAGAAACGUCAGGGCUGGAGGACCUUCCUGGUGAUUCCCGAACUAGCCCAGGAGCUGCAUGUCUGGACUGACAAAAGCUCCCUUUUUGAAGAGCUGCAGAGUCUGGACAUUUUCUUGGCGGAGCUUUACAAGCAUUUGGACAGUAGCAGCAACGAACGGCCUGACAUCAGUUCCAUCCAGAGACGUAUUAAGAAAGUGACUCACGACAUGGACAUGUGCUACGGGAUGAUGGGAAGCCUGUUCCGUAGCGGCUCACGACAGACCCUCUUUGCCAGCCAGGUGAUGCGUUAUGCAGAUCUCUAUGCAGCAUCUUUCAUCAACCUCCUGUACUAUCCAUUCAGCUACCUCUUCAGAGCCGCCCACGUACUGAUGCCACAUGAAUCGACGGUGGAGCACAUUCAUGUUGACAUCAAUGAAAAGGAGUCACCUCUGGCCACACGCAACCGCACCUCAGUGGAUUUCAAAGAUUCCGACUACAAACGGCAUCAACUGACCCGGUCAGUCAGUGAGAUUAAACCACCUAACCUUUUCCCCCAGACUCCUCAGGAAAUCACACAUUGCCAUGAUGAGGAUGAUGAUGAAGAAGAGGAAGAGGAGGAGGAAGAGGAAUAGGAAGGAAAAAUGGAAGCCUCUCUGAAGACAAAACAUGAUUGUGGCAGUGAUGAGCGGGAGUGGAUUCCCAUGUUCGGUUCCGGGGGAAUGGAUGUGAUUCUUUCAAAGGCACAUUUUGAAAGUUUCCAAAAACUUUUUAAAAUUAACACUAAUCAGGAGGAGCCCCUUGUUUUUAAUUUUGUGAAUCUGCUCUUUGCAGAUGGUUCAAAAUGCCAAUGGAUUCUGCACUGCGGGAGAUUCUAACAGUGUAUUCAGACUGGACAGCACACAAGUGUUGUCUAUAAAGCCUCGCCUGUUACAGAUUAGGGAUGCUGCAUGGUUUUUCCCUUUUUCUUCCUAUUGGUGCAAUUCAUUUGGUUUUCAUUGAACGGUGUCUUAUGAACGGUUUGGAAUUUGUACAGUCUCCACAGAGAAGGAAGGAUGCAAUGUGCCCUGUAGCAGACAAAAUGGUCUGACAAGAAUCCUACUGCGAGUUGUGCCACUGUUCUUAACUCUGUUUUUUUGGAUACAAAUUCUCCCCCUACCAAAUACUGUAUUGUAUCCAGGGAAACGUUAUGGCUUCCAGCAUUGAAUUUACCCUCUGCUAAGCACAAGUUUCCCCUUAUAAGCGGUUUAAUGGUCUAAAUUACUCUGGCAAUAUCUGAUUUCAGUGGGAUUCCGGUACUUACUAGCAUUCAGUAGUUUUGGGUUUGUCAGAAAGUCUGUUGUCCUCCCCUUGGUGGAUAAAGACUUAAUUCUUUCAUCAUUGGCAUGUAAUGCAUGAUUUCUGUUACAUUUAUAAAACAAGUGACUCUUGUGCAAUGCUCUCAUCUAUCCCCCCUCCUCAAAUCCCCCUAUAUUUUCAACCAGUAUUAUUCGCAAACAAGCUUGAAAUCGUAUCUUUACAUUGUAUGUUAGUUAUUUCCCCCUCCCCCCCCCAAUUUCUGUUAUCUUUUUCUCUGCUCUGCUUUAAGAAAGGAAAGGAAAGCACCAACGUAUCCCAAAGAUAUAAAAGCCAAACAGCAUCUGGGGUGGAAGUGUGCGCUUGGGCCACCCAUCCUAGCCUGAACUUGGCCCACACUAUAGAAUCAUAGGACCGGAAGGGACCUCCAGAGGUCAUCUAGUCCAGUCCCUGCACUCAUGGCAGGACUAAGUAUUAUCUAGACCAUCCCUGACAGGUGUUUUUCUGUAUGAUCAUGUGUGUGUAUAUACAUAUGUAUAUAUAUAUAUGAUCAUAUACUGCAGGGCUGGUCCAAUUGUGUGACCCAUACAAUUCCACAAUACAGUUUGCAGCUGCCCCAUCUUUCACAUGGAGCUGUAGCACAUAGAGACUACAGGUCCCAGCCUGAAUGCUCCAUCUUUAGCCAAGAGGAAGAGAUUUGGCUCAAGAUAGCUGUAGUCUCCAGGCUCCUGUGCUGGCACCUGCAGUUGCUGCAGGCUCUACCUCCAUUUCAGAAAUGAAUAUGGUGCAGUCUGCUUCAUUUGUCCUGCAAACAGUUCUCAGUGUCCUGUCUGUGCCCUUUGGGCCUCCACCUGGUGUUAACUUAAACACAAAUCCCUUGUGUUACCAUUCCCUGUAAGGUGUGGUAUGCAGUACGGCUGUGUUAACUUUGCAGUGCCAUUUACUACCUGUCAUGGGUGUGCUGUAGCUUAUUCCAAACUGCCAUUCAUUUGUGAAAGAUACAGAACGGGGGCCUGGUUUUAAAGAAUUAGACCUUUUGGUUCAAUCUCAUAAUUGCAUUUGAUCUUAUGCCAGUGUAACAUACAGUGAAAAACAAACCAGCAGGAGGUGCUAUUGCUGGUAUGUCAGGCCUACAAGUCAAUAAACCAUGAUGGUUCUAGUA